AUAGAAGAAGCAUCUGACUCCUUCAUGCAUGCUCCACUUGGCUUGGGGGUAUAGCUUAGUUGGUAGAGCUCCGCAUGUGCAGUUGGGUCGUUGCGAUUACGGGUUGGAUGUUUAAGUGAGGAUAUUUAGAGGAUUUCUAAUCCCACUUUAUCCUAUCCAAUUUCAAUUCAAAUCCGGAUGAACAAACGCAACCUUAGUACCUUAUUAGCUAGUUUUGUUUUGAUCAUUUAGGAAGACAAAAUUGUGACAGACUUGAUGGAGAUGCAUGAAUUUCCCUCUAGUUCACAAUGUUUGGUAUUGUUUUUGAUAUUUUACAUGUUCCCGACAUUUUGCCAUUUAAUAUAGUGAGCACCAAAAAAGCAUUGGCUGGCGAUGCUAUGAUUGGACCAAAGAGGUAUUCUCAGAGGGAGGAAGGAGGAGAGAUGGUUUUUAAUUGCUGCUGCUAGCUGCAAAAUUUUUAGCUUUACUUCUUGCAGGCGUCUAUGAUGUGCCUAUGGAGCUUGAUGGGCAAGCGCCUCAGGAGCCCUUUCCAGGAAGAAGUUCUGAAGAAAGCCCUAAAAAAGAAUCGGAAGAUCCGGUUACCCCAAAAUCAGGGUUAAGAAGGAGAUUUGCAUUCUUUAACAGGCUGACCUCAAGUACUGCAGAUACAACUCAAUCCCAUAAUGAAGUUGAUACAUCAGGACCUGUCAAACUAGAUGCUGCAGCGCAAGCACACAUUGAAAAGCACAUAAAGCUUCAAGAGGAUCUGACAGAUGAAAUGGUUGGUUUGGCAAGGCAACUGAAAGAGAGUAGCCUCGUGAUGAGUCAGUCCCUGCAAAAUACAGAAAAAAUACUUGAUUCAACGGAGAAAGCUGUCGAGCACAGCUUGGCAAGCACAAAUCGGGUUAAUGUUCGGGCAACAGAGAUAUAUUCAGAAAGCUCCAAGACUACAUGCUUUACUUGGCUUCUGAUCUUCGCGAUGACAUGUAUCUUUAUGAUGGUCGUGCUUUUGAUUCGGAUCACUUAAGACAAUCCUACUUCAAGUUUUGUCAGUUGAGUUACAGUACUCCCAUCAUAUGAUGUUGUCGAAAACGUGAUGGUGUAAAUAUGUAUAGCUUAAACGUUCUUUUUUGCUAAUUGACUUGUGAUUGCGCUCU